GCCUGCAGGACUGCGCGAUGCUCAGGGAGCUGGUGCGGCCCGAGUGCUAGCGGCAGGCGAGGCCGGAGGGUUGGGCGAGAGCCGAGGGGGACCCUGCGUGGCGGGGGUAGCGAUGCCCGGCGCUGUACCUUCAGAAAUUUCUACAUUUUUCCAAGACCAGCAAAAUAUGAAGAAAUCCAGUAGACAAAGACCAAAAUAUAUCUUUCUUACCAUAUUACAAUGUCAAAAAGAUAGAGACAAACAGGGAAAACACCAUGUGAUGACAGAAGCAGAGAUUGGAGUAAUGCACCUGCAAGCCAAGGAGUGCCAGGGAUCCUUAUCAAUUGAGGAUGUGACUGUGGGCUUCACCCAGGAGGAGUGGCAGCACCUGGACCCUGCUCAAAGGACCCUGUACAGGGACGUGAUGCUGGAGAACUACAGCCACCUCGUCUCAGUGGGAUAUUGCAUCCCUAAACCGGAAGUGAUCUUCAAGUUGGAACGGGGAGAACAGCUCUGGAUAUUAGAGGAAGAGUCCUCAAGCCAGAGCCACCCAGAAGUCUGCAAAGUUGAUAACCAACUGGAACAGAGUCACAAAAUCCAGGACAGACAUUUCUGGCAAGCUCCAUUUCUCAACAACAAAACACUGACUAUAGUGAGAGGUAAUGUAUUAGGAAAUAUGUUUAAUUUUAGCACAGACCUAGUUACUUCCAUAAAAAUACCCAGUAAAUGUGAUUUAUGUGGUAUGAGUUUGAGACACAUUUCAGAAUUAAUUAUUAAUAAGAAAAAUUAUUUAAGAAAGAAGCCUGAUGACCUCAGUGCAUUUGGGAAAUUGUUCCUUCAUAUUAACCGUGAAAAAACUCAUAUGGGAGAGACACCUUUUGAAUUCAUUCAAAAUCAGAAAUACCUCAGUCAAAAUGAAGACUUCUUUCCAUGUCAGAAAAGUAAAAACGUAGAGCAAUCUUUUGAAUAUAAGGAAAGUGGGAAAGAUUUCCAUGAGAAAGCAGUUGUCAUCACCUAUAAACAAGCUCACAUAGGAGAGAGUCCUUGCGAACAUAAGGAAUGUGAUAAAACAUUCUGUAAUUGUUCAACUGACAUGGUCCAUAAGAUAACAGAAAAAAGAGAAAAUCUUUAUGAGUUUAAUGAAUAUGGGAAAACCUUUGAGAAGUCAUGUCUCUUGAAACAUAGAGCUCAUUUGAAGGUGAAAGGUUAUGAUUGUAUUGAAAGAGUGGGUAAUUUCAGCAGGAGAUCAAACUUUCCUGACAGAGGAGAGAGAACAUUUGAAUGUAACAACUUGAGGGAACCUCUCUGGGAGAAGUCAAUUCUUAAUGUAACUCAGAGAACACAUGCACAAGACAAAGUCUAUGAAUGUAAUGAAUGUGGAAAAGCAUUCUGCGAAAAGUCAAAACUCACCAAACAUCAGAGAAUACAUACAGGAGAGAAACCCUUUGAAUGUAAUGCAUGUGGGAAAUGCUUCUCUAGGAAAUCCCUCCUCACUUUACAUCAGAGAGUCCACACAGGAGAGAAACCCUAUAGAUGUAAUGAAUGUGGGAAAUCCUUCUCUAGGAAUUCACACCUCAUAAUACAUCAGAGAACUCACACAGGAGAGAAACCCUAUGAAUGUAAGGAAUGUAGAAAAAGCUUCUACCAUAAGUCUUAUCUCACAGUACACCAGAGAAUUCACACAGGGGAGAAACCCUAUGAAUGUAAUCAAUGUGGGAAAACCUUCAUAAGCAACUCAGUCCUCACAAUACAUCAGAAAAUACACACAGGUGAGAAACCUUUUGAGUGUAAUCAAUGUGGGAAAUUUUUUUCUAGGAAUUCAUACCUUACAAUACAUCAGAGAACUCACACAGGCGAGAAACCCUAUGAGUGUAAGGUAUGUGGCAAAACCUUCUGUCACAAGUCAGAUGUCAAUAAACAUCAGAAAACUCACAUAGGAGGAAAACCCUAUGCAUGUAUUCAAUGUGGGAAAACCUUUAGUCGCAACUCAGGCCUAAAAGUACAUCAGAGAAUUCACACAAAGGAGAAACCCUAUGAAUGUAAUGAGUGUGGGAAAUCUUUCUCUGAGAAAUCAGUCCUCACAGUGCAUCAGAGAAUCCACACAGGAGAAAAACCUUAUAAGUGUAAUGAAUGUGGAAAAACCUUCUACAAUAAAUCAGACCUCACUAAACACCACAGAACUCACACAGGUGAGAAACCAUAUGAAUGUAAGGAGUGUGGGAAAUUCUUCUCUAGAAAUUCAUACCUUACUGUACACCAGAAAAUUCACACAAGGGUGAAACCCUAUGUAUGUAAGAAAUGUGGGAAAAUUUUCUAUUAUAAGUCAGACUAUACAGUACAUAAGAGAACACACAGAGGGGAGAAAGCUUAUCACUGUAGUCAGUGUGAGAAAACCUUCACUUGCAAUUCAGUCCUCAGAUCACAUCAGAGAACUCACACAGGGGAGAAGCCCUAUGGAUGUAAUGAGUGUGGGAAAGCAUUCUCUGAGAAGUCAGUCCUCACUGUACAUCAGAGAAUACACACAGGGGAAAAGCCUUAUAAGUGUACUGAAUGUGGAAGGUCCUUCUAUCAUAAGUCAGAUCUUACUAAACAUAGGAGAACACACACAGGGGAGAAACCCUAUGAAUGUAAUCAUUGUGGGAAAACCUUCAGUUGCAACUCAGGCCUGAAAGUACAUCAGAGAAGACACACAGGGGGAAACCCUAUGAAUGUAUUGAGUGUGGGAAAAACCUCUAAGAAAUCAGUUCUCACUGCACAUCCAAAAUUACAGGGGAAGGACUCUUACAGCAAUGAGAGAAAUCUUUCUCUAGUGAUUCAUUCACCUCAAAAUACUAUGGAGAAGUCACACAGGACAUGACCCCUAUGAAUGUAAAGAAUGUGACAAAUCUUUUACCAUAAGUCAUAUUCCAAACUAAAUAAGAGAAUAUAUAUAGGGGAAAAUAUUAUGAAUGUGGUGAAUGUUUGAAAAUCUAUUAUAAAUAGGACCACUAAAAAUUACUGAAAACAUGUAGAAGAAACCCUCCUAAUGCAUGUAUGGAAUGUGGGGAAAUAGUUUUAUUAUAGUUAGAGCUUAUUAAAUGAAAAAUUUACAUAGGAGAUAAUCUCUGUGACCCAAAUGGAUGUAGGAAGUUGUUCCUCCAGAAUUUGGCCAUUAAUAACAAUCAGAUAAACCAGAACCUGGGAAAAAUUGUUAACGUCUUGUGUUUUUUGAGACCCUCAUACACAAGUUGUACUCACUGUAUGUCAGAGAAAUAAUAGAGAAGAUACCCAAAGGAUGCAGCAAAUGUAGUUGAGCCUAUAUCAAGAAAUGCCAUUUUACUGAACAAGACAAUUGAUAUUGAGAUGAAUUCGUAAAGAUGUUUUGAAUGUAACAAAAUUCAGACUUUAUUAUGUCUGAAGAGUGUAUUGAAGGAGGUCUGUCAGUUUAAGAAAUAUGGACAGAAAUUUUCCUUUAGAUAUGAUGUUAUUCUAAAGUUAUGUUUUGUUUUGCUCUGAUCUCAAAUGUUUCAGUAGAAAUAAAAAAAAUAGACAUAAAAAUGUUAACUGUGGAAUUUGAACCUUCUUUUUAAAAACAGAAAUAAGUUGAAUAAUUUUCUCAGCCUCUGAUUCCACUUUUGGAGAAACACGUAUCAGCAUGACCCUCCCCAUCAUGAACCAUCACAUGUUUUGGCCUAGUCUGUCCCCCAACUACGCUAUUACCUCUGCAAAUAAUGCCUAAUGGUCUGAUUCAUCCUGGGAUGUACUUCUAGGGGAUCUCAGGAUGGGCCAGCCCCACACCAGAGUAAACACCAGACCAGCCACAGACAGCCUUGAGGCUGCAUCUGCCUCCUCUUCUUAGGUUCAGGAACUGCAAACACCAUUGAAUGUGUGAAUAAAGCUAGAGUAAUGCCUAGAAUAUUCUAGGAUAUAUGAUCUCAAUACUGAGGUCAUAUAUUCAAAUUUACGGGAAGCUCAUCAUAGCUUACUUUCUUGACUCCAAGCCUGUUGACCCAAUUAUAGCCCACCCUUUCAGGGGACAGAAACUUGGUAUUGUUUUGGUGAAAUACUUCAUAUGUGUGUCAAAUUAUGAGCAAUAACAUAACCAUCAGUAUGCCUAUUGCAUGUUGGAAGUAAGGUAUUAGAAGAAUAGUUGAAGCAUCUGCGUAACAUCCCCAAACGCAUUCCACGUCCUAUAACACAUUCAAUACUUUACUAAAUUUGGUUUAUAUUGAUCCCACGUCUCAUUACUUUUACAAUAAUAACAUACAUACAUUAUUGCAUGUGUGUGUGCAUAAUUACACUGUUUUGUAAGUAUUUAUAUCAGUGGGGACCUGUGUUCUGCAACUUGCUUUUUUCUUCA